AUGGAAAAUUUUUUUGAAGAGGAGUAUGAGGUUGAACAAAUUGUAGAUGAAAAAACUGUAAAAGGAGUUUUAUUUUAUUACAUAAAAUGGGAGGGAUAUGAUCAUUCUUAUAAUACUUGGGAACCAUAUGAACAUCUUACUAAUUGUACAGAACUAAUUAAACAAUUUAAAGGUGAGAAAAAAGUAAAGCCAGUUAAAAAGAAAUCUAGAUUGUCAAAACCAAAAUCAAAACCAAAACCAUUUUCUUUUGAAGAAUUGCUUAUAACAAAAAGUCAAACCAAAGGCGUUGUUGAAUUUGAAGCUUUCCUAAAUAACAAUGUUAAGGAUGGACCAAUGAUUCCUGUUAUCAAUGAGAUAGAUGAUGAAGGACAACCUCCAAAUUUCACCUAUGUUGACUAUUACAUAUAUGGAAACAAAGUCCCCAAACCAGAUGUUUUAAAAUGUGGCUUAGUAGGUUGUGAUUGUGAGGGUGGACAUUGUAAAGGGAAUGAAUGUAAAUGUUUAAAAGAACAUAAUCUAGGAAAAUUAAACUAUGAAAGAUCAUCACGAAAAUUACGUCUGAAGCCAGGAAAUGCAAUAUAUGAGUGCAACUCUAGCUGUUCUUGUGAUGCUAAUUGUCAUAAUAGAGUGACUCAACGUGGACGUACAGUACCAUUAGCAAUACAAAGAUUCAUGGAGAAAGGUUGGGGUGUUGUAGCAAUGAAAGAAAUACCAUCUGGUAUUUUUAUUACAUAUUAUUAUGGCGAGCUGAUAACCACAGAGGAGGCAGAUAUAAGAGGUGCAACAUAUGAUGAAGUUGGAAGAACUUAUUUGUUUGAUCUUGAUUUCACAUCAGAAGACGAAUUAAAUCUCUAUACAAUAGAUGCCAGUAAUUAUGGCAACAUAUCACAUUUCUUAAAUCACUCAUGCGACCCUAAUCUAAUUGUGGUGCCUGUGGUGAAUGAUAAUGCUGAUAUAAGACUGCACCACAUUGCAUUUUUUACAAAAAGAGAUAUUAGAAUCGGUGAAGAGUUAACAUUCAAUUAUAAUGGAUCGCUUGAAUAUCCUGAUGAAAGUACUAGUUAUAUAGCGGAAGAUGAUAAUAAUUUUAAAUAUAAAUAUAUUUGUAAAUGUGGUGCUGAAAAAUGUAAAGGUUAUUUUCAUUCUUGA